CAAAAUAUUGCGUCACAUCCGGGUAAUGGCGGCCGGAGCUCAACUCCGUGACACGAAUGUUAGCCUCGUAAGUGUGUGUGUGUAGUGUGAACGAUGACUCGGCCUCUGUUCGGUGGUGCCAUGUCCGCUGUCCUCCCCUCCAACACCAAAGACAUCAGUGAGUUGAGGGAGAUUCCUGAUAAUCAGGAGGUCUUUGCUCACACACACACAGAUCAGAGCAUCAUCAUAGAGCUGCUCGAGUAUCAGAGUCAUGUGGAGGAUUCACAGGCCGCCAGGUAUCACUUUGAGGAUGUAGCAGGCAGUAAUAAGGUGAUGGAGGCAGGGCAGAUGGAGGUGAUGGAGGUUCAGUGUGUCCCUCAGGAGCAGCUCUCUCUCAGCCAGUGCAGCUCAGCCUGGAUCCUCACCGGAGCUCAGCUCAUCUCCAAAUUCAAUGAGGAGACAAAGAACAUAGUGAAAAUCCACCUGUGUUUAUUCCGUCUGCCGGAGUACACCACUGACAUCCUGAUCACCUUCAACGACCCGUUCAGCAUCAGUCCUCUCAGCAGUAGCAGUAGUGCGAGUGCUGAUGGUGUUUGGACGGUGCAGGACUUUCACACACUUGUUCAGUCUUUCCAGCUGCUUGACCCUGGAGUGUUUGGAUAACACACACACACCUCUAAAGUGUUAAUAAAUGUGUUAUCAUUUUGUGUUUUCUACAUUCUUGUUUGGAAUGUGUGUGUGUUUGUGUGAGUGAGUGUGUGUUUGUGUGUGAUAUUGGAUUAUCACAAAUCCUGUUAUAAAAAAAGGCUAAGUAUUUUGUUACUAAUGAACAGAGAAUAAAUCACACACACACUCAUACACACACACACACAGAGGAGGUUUUAUAAAUAUUUUAUUUGAAUUGUUUGCUGUAUUACAGGCUGAACAUCAGCUUUAUUUACACAUCAGUCCUGUGAUGAGUGUUAGCAUUGGCAGCAGUGUUAAUCCGGGUGUAGUGUUAAUCCGGGUGUAAAUAUUAAUCCAGGUGUAGUGUUAAUCCGGAUGUAAGUGUUAAUCCCGGGGUAGUGUUAAUCCCGGUGUAGUGUUAAUCCCGGUGUUCAGCACUCAGUACAAUCCCUAAUAGGAGAUAAUAUUAACUCUAACAGAUUAUAUUAAUGUAACUAAACUCCCUCAGGUGGAACUGAUGUAUGGAUUUAAAGUAAAUUCACUGAGCUUUU